GUCACGUAACCACAUUAACCAAUCAAAUGCCUCUGCUGAAGCUCCGCCUAAUAUCUCAGGACAGUUUAAAAGGUUGCUGCAGACCGGAACAAGUCAUUCCGUUCUAGAAAGCUAGACAGAAAUCUAAGUACAAUGGCAAGAACCAAACAAACUGCUCGUAAGUCCACCGGAGGUAAAGCCCCGAGGAAGCAGCUCGCCACCAAAGCCGCCCGUAAGAGCGCUCCGGCCACCGGCGGCGUCAAGAAGCCUCACCGCUACAGGCCCGGCACCGUGGCUCUGCGAGAGAUCCGUCGCUACCAGAAGUCCACCGAGCUGCUGAUCCGCAAGCUGCCCUUCCAGCGUCUGGUGCGAGAGAUCGCUCAGGACUUCAAGACGGACCUGCGCUUCCAGAGCUCCGCUGUCAUGGCCCUGCAGGAGGCCAGCGAGGCUUAUCUGGUCGGUCUGUUCGAGGACACCAACCUGUGCGCCAUCCACGCCAAGAGAGUCACCAUCAUGCCCAAAGACAUCCAGCUGGCCCGCCGCAUCCGUGGAGAGCGCGCCUAAACACACGACUGACUCACACAGUCAACACCAAAGGCUCUUUUCAGAGCCACUCACAUUUUCACACGAAGAGUUUCGGAUGUUUCUACAUUUUAAUGAACUAUGUUAUAGAGAAAUAGGGUAAAUGUUUACAAAGCCCGCAUUUAUUUUAUCCAAAAUACAGCAAAAGUAGUUAUAUUGUGAAAUAUCUUUACUAUUUAACCCUUGUAUAAUGGUGUCUGUAUUUGUGGGACUGUCUUUCACUUUUUAUCAAAAGAAAAUUAUACUGAGAAUUGUUUUAUUUUUAACUCCAGACUCAUUGGCCUUGUUGACUCAUUUUCUGUGAAGAACAUUUAUCAGAUUUAUUUUUUUUCAGUAACCACUCACUACACCCCCAAACUGAAUUACAAACCCAAAACUGCAGCUUGUCCACCAGACCCACAAACACUGGCUGAAACAUAUAUAUAUAUAUAUUUCUUUUUUUAACUGGUUUCUUGCUGUUUUUGAAUGAGCUAUGGCUGAUGUGCAUAACUGGAUGGUGAAAUUGAGAUGAAAUUAUUAGUUUGCUAGAACCACAAGCAGUUCUGUCUUGGCAGAAGUAAAAGCGAACAAUGUUAGGUAGGUUAUUCCAGAGUUUAGGUGCUAAAUAGGAAAGGGUCUGUUGCUCGCAGUUGAUUUUGAUAUUCUAGGUAUUAUCAAAUUGCCUGAGUUUUGAAAACAUAGCGGAUGUAGAGGAUUAUAAUGUAAAAGGAGCUCAAUUGAAUACUGAGGUGCUAAACCAUUCAGGGCUUUAUAAGUAAUAAGCAAGAUUUUUAAAUCUUUACGAUGUUUGAUAGGGAGCCAGUGCAGUGUGGACAGGACCGGGCUAAUAUGGUCAUACUUCCUGGUUCUAGUAAGAACUCUUGCUGCUGCAUUUUGGACUAGCUGUAGUUUGUUUACUAAGCGUGCAGAACAACCACCCAAUAAAGCAUUACAAUAAUCUAACCUUGAGGUCAUAAAUGCAUGGAUUAACAUUUCUGCAUUUGGCAUUGAGAGCAUAGGCCUUAAUUUAGAUAUCUUUUUGAGAUGGAAAAAUGCAGUUUUACAAAUGCUACAAACGUGGCUUUCUAAGGAAAGAUUGCGAUCAAGUAGCACACCUAGGUUCCUAACUGAUGACAAAGAAUUGACAGAGCAGCCAUCAAGUCUUAUACAGUGUUCUAGGUUAUUACAUGCAGAGUUUUUCGGUCCUAUAAUUAACACCUUUGGGUUUUUUAAUUUCAGAAUAUAGCAGUUAGAAAUUACUCGUCAUCCAGUUUUUUUAUAUAGACUAUGCAUUCACUUAGUUUUUCAAAUUGGUAUGUUUUGCCGGGCUGCGAAUAUAUAGAAAUGUAGAGCUGAGUAUCAUCAGCAUAACACUGAAGCUAACACCGUGUUUCCUGAUGAUAUCUCCCAACGGUUGCAUGUAAAGUGUGAAGAGUAACGGCCCUAGUACUGAGCCUUGAGGUACUCCCUUAUGUCUUUUCCUUUCUGUCAGUCGUCGUGAGUAGAUUGUUUUGCCUUUGUUGAAUACACUGAUGUUUUUGUGGCUUAUCAUAUCAUUCAUGUGAGAUACAGGAGACACUUGACCUCUGUAAUGUCUGAGGAGAAUAUGCCUAGAUACAGGGGCAACUUUUGAGAAAUGUUAUGGGCAAGGUUGCCAUCAACGGGCAAACAAGUGAGACACAGGACCCACGACUGAUCUAAAGUAUCCAGUUGCCCAUUCUCAAUGGGAAAGCUCCCGAGCAGCAUUGCUCAAAAAAAGUUGCCCAGUGUAUCAUCAUCUUUAGGUUUUUUCUUAGGUGACCAUAGGGUUGAACUGCCGGUCUGUUUUGCAUUUUGUAUUUUUAACAGCAGGACUAUGUAAUAUAAUGCAAAUGUAUCAUGCUAAUUGCUAAUGACAAUUCAGCUAGUAUUACCUUUGUUAUUAACUGCCACAAAAGCUCAAAUGUCCUUUGGUGUGACACUUUGGCCUGUCACACCAUAGGACAAGACCUCCUUAAGAAGCUAUUAAAGCAAAUAAAUAAAGCUUUUUAACAUAUUUUUCAUUGUUUUUUGACCAGUUUUGAUUAUUUUAAUUUCAAUAAUGACUUCCAUAAUGUUUAUUACCGUUUUUUGGAGACUACAUAAAAUAUUAUGAAGUGUUACUAAAACAACUAUAAUGUAUAAUGUAACAACUAUAAACAAAUAUAAAGUACAUAAAUACAGUGUUACUACUUAUAAUGUUACUUAACUUUUUUUUUUUUAGAACAGAAAGAACUGAGGGGGUAUGAGUGCAAAAGAGAGGACCAGACAGUAUAGGAAGCAAAUAAAAAAAAAAGAUCCACAUAGAAAGGAGGCGAUCCUAAGAGAACGACGGAGAAAGUAAAUCAAACUGAAAUGUUGCCAUAUACAUCUUAAAAUAAUUCAGGGAUCUUUCUGAGUGACUGAAUUACUGCUUAUUAUUCAUCAUUAGAAUAGACCUGUGUGAGGUUCAGUUUCAACAAUAGUUACAUAAUAAGCUUGUUAUUUCAGAAUAAUAUUCUAUUUUGUGUUUUAUAAGAAUUUGACAAGUGGUUACAUUUGUAGGGAAAACACAGUAUAGGUCAUGAGUUCAUAAUUGAGUAUACAUUACAUUAAUUUCUCUGUUGAUCCAUUCAUCUAUACUCUAUAAUUAUUUCAAACGUAUCAUGAAAAGAAGGCUCUCUGAGAAUUUGAUACAUUCAACAUUAAAGCCUAGGAAGGAAGAGACAAACUGAACUGAGGAAGAUUUGAAAGGAAUCCCCCCCCCCCCCAAAAAAAGAUAAAGGGGCAGAGAAAAAGGCAUUACUUGCCAUUCCUAACUAAGAAUAUGUUUUAAUGGUGUUCAUGAAUGUUAUGCAAUGUUUUUAGGAAUUUUAUUUUCCUGUAACUGUAACUGUUUGACUGAUGAAUUUUGCAGUUUGACAAUGUCACAUUAUUGUUUUGAAAUGGCAUUUUACUGAAUUUCUUAAAAGAUCAUGCAUCAAUGUUUCCUUAUUGAUGGAUCUAUAAGUAUCAAAGUUACUUUUGGUGUGCUAUGUUUUGCACAGUUUAUAUUGUUGAAAAAUAAAAACAAAUGUCCUCCUUUGUAAUUGUUACAAUAAACACUACAUAUUCUGA